AUGUCAGAGACGUUCCUGGAGUUUGCCCAGUACAAAAAGGUCAAAGUCAGAGGCAGCGACGGAACCUUCAGCGACUUACUUGCCAUGUUGGACACUGGCUCGAACACAAGUCAUCUGUCUAAAAGAGCUGCAAGACAACUGGGGAUAUCUGGUCCGCAGACACACCUUACGAUGAGCCUGGUAGGAGGAAGAAAGAAAGCACAAAUUUCGGAGAUAAUUGAGAUUAAACUCGGAUCAUCGACUGAGGAAGACAUCUUGAAGCCACUUCAAGUAUACACGGUCCGAAAGCCCUGCAGCAACGCCAAGACUGUGUCACGGAAGGCUGUUGAAAGCUAUCCCCAUCUCAAGCCAAUAGCGGAUAAGCUACAUCUCUCAGGUGGUACCGUGGAUGUGCUCAUUGGUACUGACUUUGUCGACGCCUUUGUGGACAUUCACGCAGCCAGCGGCGAUCCUGGAGAACCGGUUGCAAAAAGGAACUGUUUUGGCUGGUACUUCUUAGGCAAAGUAAAUUCAGACAUCAAGAAGCUCGUUCAUGAAGACCUCUUAGGAGUUAAGCCGACGGAAAUGUGCACCUGCAGUGAAAAUGCUUUGCGUGAGAACAGGUUCGUGAGAGCCCUCUCAGCCUCGACUACAUUGGAGAACGGCAGGGUGCAAGGAAAAAUGCCAUGGAAAGAAUCUGGACUUCCGAAACAAAGUAACUAUGGCAUUGCUGUAAGGAGAAUGUAUUCCGUGGAGAAGUCGUUUAAGAAGAAAGACUGCUUUGAAAUCGUGGAUCAAGAGGUUCAGAAACUUGUGGAUCAAGGCUUUGUGAUCAAGGUAGCAAGAUACCAUGGUCUCUCCCUCAAUGAUCAUCUUGAGAAGGGGCCGAAUUAUAUCAAAAGUCUACCCAACGCUCUAAUAGCAUGGCGAUGGGAUGAAGUUGCGUACGCUGGAGAUAUUCGGAAGAUUUUCAACCAAGUAUCGGUACACCCAGAUGACCAGGUCUUCCAUAGGUUCCUGUGGAGAAAGAAUCAGCAUGAUCUUCCCACCGUAUACCAGUGGCUCAGACUAAAUUUCGGCAACAAGCCAGCCCCUGACAUUGCUUCGAAUGCAAUAAACAUCCUGGCCAAGACUUCACAUGAUGAUUUCCCUGAAGCAGCAAAGGAACUUCAAGAACGAACAUACGUUGACGACAUUGCUGGAUCCUGGCCAACCACUGCGGAGGCCAAGCAAGUCACAACUGCAAUUGACGAGGUGCUCGCAAAAGUUCAGUUCCAGAUCAAAGCGUGGCAUUCAAAUAGCCAGUACGUUGAUCAAGCCAGUGGUGAACGUUAUACAGAUUUGCUUGGCCAUAAGUGGGACAAACGGGAAGACACGUUUGCUUUAAAGAAAGAUUCAGUUGUAAAAUUGAAUGAAGAUUUCACAAAGAGAUCCUGCUUCGCCCUUUUAGCCCAGGUGUGGGACCCCAUCGGUCUCGUGGCAGCCACAACGCUUAAGUUUCGAAAUGACCUGCAAGAACUAUGGAGUGCUGGAUAUGGUUGGGACGACAUCAUCCCAGAAGCAACACAACCAUAA